UAUAACGAAGAAGAGUAUAAAGAACAGUAUAACGAAGAAGAAUAUAACGAACAGUAUAAUGAAGAAGAAUAUAACGAACAGUAUAAUGAAGAAGAAUAUAACGAACAGUAUAACGAAGAAGAGUAUAAUGAAGAAGAUGUUAAGAAUGAUCAAAUCGGUUACGAAAAAGAAUCUUCUUAUAAAGAAGGAUAUAUAUAAUUGUUUGUAUAUAUAUUUUUUUUACGCACAUUCCUUUUUUCCAACAAAAGAAAAAUUAGCGCUCCGCUAUAUAUAUAUAUAUAUGUAUGUAAUUUAUUGUUUUUUUUAUUUUUUACUUUU